UAGCUUGAGAAAUUAUAUCUUUAAGCAGAAAAGAGGAAGAGAUAAGAAAAAUGCAAAGCUGUGCAACCAGAUUUAUUCCCACGGCAAUCCCUGGUUUAACAAAGAACCAGUCUAAUGGGAAGGUAAGAUCAUCUAAAAAAGAUGAUGAUCAUGAGAAAGGAGGAGGAGAAGAAGUUAUUGAUAUAAACAGUGAGUGUAAGGAAUUGUUGGCUAGUUCUAAAGAGAAAGGAUGGAGAACUCCAUAUCUUUACAAGCUUCAAGGUUUCUGGUGCCAGCCAAAAGAGAUUCAGGCCAUCUUGUCUUACCAGAAGCAUUUCAAAUCAGUGGAGGGUGAUCUGAUUCUAGCCACCAUUCCAAAAUCAGGCACUACAUGGUUAAAAGCUUUGACUUUUGCCAUAAUUAAUCGCUCCAAUCUCUUCUCUGAAAAUUUUGUUAAUCAUCCUCUGUUCAAUUCAAAUCCUCAUGACCUUGUUCCUUUCUUUGAAUACAAGCUCUACGCCAACAAUCAAGUUCCUGAUCUCUCUAAUCUUCCCCACCCAAGACUCUUCGCCACCCACAUACCCUUUCCUUCUGUGAACAUCAAUGGCGGAACUCGAAUAGUUUAUCUUUGCCGAAACCCUUUCGACACGUUUAUCUCUUCAUGGCAUUACACGAACAAGAUAAAGCCGCAGUGUGUUGCUCCGCUGGAGCUAGAGGAAGCCUUUGAAAUGUACUGCAAAGGAGUUGUUGGGUUCGGGCCUUUCUGGGAACAUAUGCUGGGUUACUGGAAGGAAAGCCGGGAGAGACCUGAUAAGGUGUUGUUCUUGAAGUACGAGGAUAUGAAAGAAAACAUGGUGUGUCAGUUGAAGAAGCUGGCUUCGUUCUUGGGAUUUCCUUUUACCAUGGAAGAGGAAGAAGAAGGUGUGGUGGAAGAGAUUGUAAAGCUGUGUAGCUUUGAGAACCUGAAAAGGUUGGAGGUGAAUAAAUCUGGGAAAUCAAUCAAGAAUUUUGAGAACAAACACCUGUUUAGAAAAGCAGAAGUGGGUGACUGGAGGAAUUAUUUUUCUCCUUCCAUGGUGAAGAAGCUGUCUCAGGUGAUGGACGAAAACUUGGGUGGCUCAGGUCUUACGUUCAAGCUGUAUUGAUGCUUCGAGAGAGA